AUUUUGAAAUAUUUUGAAAUGGAUCUGCCAUGGCAGUGGCCUGGCACACUCGGACUGCAAAGCCAGUGUCCAACCUGCACGAAUGUUCGUCGGGUUCUCGUUCACCCAGAGCCACGAGAACCAGAGCGAUCACGGAAAGAACGAAGAGCAUCGGCACUGUCAGUGGGGCCAGUAGUUGCUAUGACGCUGGCAGGCUCACGUCGGAGUAGGAAGCUCCGCAGCUCAUGUACUGCUCUGGCUUCUCCAACCAGGACUGUCAACCCUGGCACUGGCGAAUGGGUUGUCCCAGAGGACUUCCCGAAGCCCAAGGGCAUUGAGGAAACGGCCAACUACGUCGAAGCCAAAGCGCUGUCGGAAAAACUCAAGGCUCUGAAUGGCCAGGCCAAAGCAAAGACCGUCGUGGUGAUUGGAGGCGGUCUGUCUGGCUUAGCCUGUGGCAAAUACCUCUCCGACGCCGGACACAAAGCUGUGGUUCUGGAAGCCAGAGAUGUGCUCGGUGGCAAGGUUUCUGCGUGGCAAGAUGAAGAUGGUGACUGGAUAGAGACCGGCCUUCAUAUUUUUUUCGGAGCUUAUCCCAACAUGAUGAACCUCUUUUCCGAACUCGAGAUUGAGGACCGACUGCAGUGGAAACGCCACCAGAUGACCUUUGCCAUGCAAGAAUUGCCUGGUGAGUUCACCACUUUUGAAUUUCCCGGUUGGCCAGCGCCGCUAAAUAUGGCUGCAGCCAUUCUGUUGAAUCAGAGGAUGCUAUCUCCAGUAGAGAAGCUUCAGACUGGUCCUCCUUUACUGCCCAUGCUUAUUGAAGGACAGAGCUUUAUUGAUGCUCAAGACGAGUCUUCCGUGACCGAAUUCUGCCGGAAGUAUGGAAUGCCUGAGCGUAUCAUCGAAGAAGUCUUCAUACCCAUGGCAAAAGCGCUUGACUUCAUUGACCCAGACAAACUCUCCAUGACUGUUGUGUUAACGGCCAUGAAUCGUUUCAUCAACGAGACGGAUGGCAGUCAAACUGCCUUCUUGGAUGGGAAUCAACCGGAUCGCUUGUGCAAACCCAUGAAGGAACAUAUCGAAGCGAGAGGUGGUGAGGUGCGAUUGGGAGCUAUUGUUGAAGAAAUCGUGUUGGAAACGAAUGAAACGACAGCUGUGAGGCAUCUCCGACUGCGUGGAGGUGAGAUUCUUCAGGCAGAUGAAUAUGUGUCAGCUUUGCCGGUCGACGUGUUCAAACGGCUCAUCCCAGCAGCAUGGUCAACGAUGCCAUUUUUCCGGCAGCUUGAUAACUUGGAGGGUAUUCCUGUGAUCAACAUUCACUUGUGGUUUGACCGGAAGCUGAAGAACAUCGAUGCUCUUUGCUUCAGUCGUAGUCCGCUGCUCUCGGUGUAUGCAGACAUGAGUACUUGUUGCAAGGAAUACCACGAUAGUGAACGUUCAAUGUUGGAGCUGGUCUUUGCACCUUGUGCGGCCAUUGCUGGUAGCAGUGUGAACUGGAUUGCCAAGAGUGAUGAGGAGAUUGUUGAGGCGACAAUGAAAGAACUUGAACGACUUUUCCCCACGGAGAUUGGCGAGAAUCUGCCGGAUGGUGCACGCUUGAGAAAGUCCCGGGUUGUGAAGGUGCCGCGGAGUGUCUACGCAGCGGUGCCAGGGCGGAACAAAUUCCGUCCAUCCCAGGCCACGCCGAUCUCGAACUUCACUCUGGCUGGGGACUGGACGAGCCAGAAGUUUCUUGGGAGUAUGGAAGGUGCAGUACUUGCAGGCAAGUUGGCGGCGCAGGUAGUGGCAGAAGGUGCCAUUGGCAAAGCGCAUCAGGUGAAGACUGUGCCAGACUUCAUUCAGGAAGAGCCUGCAAAGGCACCAGUAGGUCUCCAUGGCUCCACAGCUGUGGUCUUUGGAGGUGGAGCUGAGCUGAAGGAACAGCACUUGGAAGAGCUCCAGAAGCAGGACCCUGCGGCGCUGCAGGACUAAGCUCUUGUGCAACGAAAAAAAC